AUGCAUAUCUCCUCGGGAAUCAUCGCUGCGGUACUAGGCACCUCUUGGUUUGUGGCUGCAGCACCCACUGAGGCAUCAGCAAGCGACUUUCUACAGGAACUCAACGACAAGGCGACGACGCAGUUGGAGAGUACCGAGCUGCAGUUCAGCACGAGAUCCAGCCACAAGACAUGUACAAUCGCCAACGCCGCUGUACGUCGUGAUUGGAAAACACUCUCCCGGAAAGAGAAGAAGGCAUAUAUCAAUGCUGUGCUAUGUCUUCGCAAGAAACCCUCCAAGGCGGACCCGACUUUCGCGCCUGGUGCACGAACCAGAUACGAUGAUUUCGUCGCCGUGCAUAUCAACCAGACCCUCAGCAUUCACGGAACAGGUAACUUCUUCACCUGGCAUCGAUACUUCACUUGGGCAUAUGAAAAGGCUCUCCAAGAUGAAUGCGGUUACAAGGGCACCCAGCCAUACUGGAAUUGGUUCGAGACCGGCGACUUUUCCACCAACCCCGUCUUUGAUGGCUCUGAUACUAGUAUGAGCGGCGAUGGAAAGUACUUCAAACACAAUGGGUCCGUCGCCGGCAAGGGAAAUAUCGACCUCCCCAGUGGUCGCGGUGGUGGCUGUAUCAAGACUGGCCCCUUCGCCGGUGCCACUGCCAACCUAGGUCCCCCUUCUCCUGGCAUGAAUGGCAUGAAAGCAACCACCACUCCUCUUGAGUACAAUCCUCGUUGUCUCCUUCGGGACCUGAGCAGCUACACCAUCGAUAGUUGGAUGACUCUACCCAACCUAUAUAACAUAACCCUGGGCGACGCUUCGCAUAGCAUUAAGGCCAUGCAGGAUGAGUUCCAGGGUCGAUUUGCCGAUGGAUUCUUAGGCCUUCACGCCGCUGGCCACUUCGUUAUGGGCGGCGACUCAUCAGAUCUCUUCUCUUCGCCAAACGAUCCAGUCUUCUUCCUUCAUCACUCCAUGGUGGACCGCAUCUACUGGAUUUGGCAAGCUCUCUACCCCAAGCAGGCUAAGGACAUUGCUGGUACUAUCACUAUCCUCAACACGCCUCCCAGCAGAGACACCUUGAAAUCCGAUCCGCUCAACAUGGGAGUUAAUGCACAAAUGAUCCCCAUCGGUGACGCGCUCAACACUCUUAGCGGCUCGCCCUUCUGCUAUAUCUAUUUGUAG